CAACCUCAUGACGAGGCCCGCGUCCGCUUCUUCCUGUGCGACCUCCUCGACGGCGCCGCCGCACGCGGCUGCUAUGGCAUCUUCCACCUCGCCUCGUCCUGCACCGUCGACUGCGUCCUGGACCCCCAGGUACUGCUGCUCCGUGACCGUCAUGUUGUUGUUCAACCUCUCAGUACAGGGUCGCAUCUGUCUUGUUUUGUGGCCGCAGAAGGUGAAGGAGUUGGUGGCGCCGGCCGUGGAAGGGACGCUCAACGUGCUGCGCGCCGCCAAGGAUGUCGGGGCAUGCGCCGGGUGGUGGUGACCUCGGUCGUCUCCGCCGUCGUGCCCAGCCCGGGAUGGCCGGCCGGGGAGGGCCUCGACGAGCACUGCUGGACCAACAUCGACUACUGCGACCAGAACAGGGCCUGGUACCCUGCUUCAAAUACACUGGCUGAGAAGGCAGCAUGGAAGUUUGAAGAGGAGAAUGGGCUGCAUGUGGUUGUGGUCAAUCCAGGGACUAUUUUGGGCUCGAUGAUUCCGCCAAGGAUCAAUGCUAGCAUGGCCAUAUUUCUUCACUUACUUGAAGGGCUCUCUGAACUUGCCACUAAUUCACCUAACUGCUCCUGCUGCUCUUGGCUGCCUUCGGAUGAAGCUACUGCUUCUGUGCUAGAUUGGAUGGAUAAGCAAGAAAGCAAACCGAAUGGGGAAAGAUUGGGAGCAUAUCCAUUUGUUUGGAAACUAAAAAAGGAGAAGAUAAGAGUAUGUGGUGUACAAAGCUCACCCGUUUAUCAACAACUAUGUGUCGGCUUUGUUUUUUAAAGCAAGACUUCCGAAAUAUUAUUUUGUGAAUGUAUAAAUUUGUAUAUAAAUAAAAUUGAGUAGGUUGACUUUUACACUGAUUGUAUAAUAUUGACAUAUUGUUAUCAGUAUUUUUUUCAAACUUUUCUA